UUCGACGGCCCCCACAAUAUAGUAUCAGCGAACCCAGAGUCGUCAACCUGUACGCUUGACUUACCUGAACAUACUAAUGUUUAUCCAAACUUUCAUGCUUCAGAACUCAAACGACAUAUCCCCAACGCCACCCUGUAUCCCUCGAGAGAACUCCAACGCCCGUGA